UAUGCAUUGUCCCAUUUUUAAAGCCAAUGGUGAAAAGUAGGAACCACUAGAACCAGUAACAUGCUGUCACAUUGCAGUUCGCCCUGCCUACCUCUAGAUGGCAACAAAGAUAGUUGUGCUACUGUCUGCAAUCCGACUACAAGCAUCAAGUGCAGCCAGAUUUAGCUAGCGUCAGUAGAUACCGUUUCAUUUUGUCUACCCCAUUUUGGGGGGUUUGUUGGUCGUUGGCUUGCAAGCUAGUUCAAGGCUGGCUUCACUGACCAAAUAUGCAGAAAUAUGAAAAGCUUGAAAAAAUUGGAGAGGGUACGUAUGGAACUGUUUUCAAAGCUAAAAACAGAGAAACGCAUGAAAUCGUGGCAUUAAAGCGGGUCAGGCUGGACGACGACGACGAGGGGGUGCCAAGUUCUGCUUUAAGAGAAAUCUGUCUUCUGAAAGAACUAAAGCAUAAAAACAUUGUCAGAUUGCAUGAUGUGUUGCACAGUGACAAGAAGUUAACAUUGGUUUUUGAAUAUUGUGAUCAGGAUUUGAAGAAAUAUUUUGACAGCUGUAAUGGGGAUCUAGAUCCUGAAACCGUGAAGUCGUUCAUGUACCAACUGUUGAAAGGCCUCGCUUUCUGUCACAGUCGAAACGUUCUUCAUAGAGAUCUGAAACCACAAAAUCUUCUCAUCAACAGAAAUGGGGAAUUGAAGCUUGCUGACUUUGGGUUGGCUCGAGCUUUUGGCAUUCCUGUGAGAUGUUACUCAGCAGAGGUUGUGACGUUGUGGUACCGACCUCCAGAUGUGUUGUUUGGUGCUAAACUUUAUUCUACCUCUAUUGACAUGUGGUCAGCUGGCUGCAUAUUUGCAGAGCUGGCUAAUGCUGGAAGGCCGUUAUUCCCUGGCAAUGAUGUGGAUGACCAGUUGAAAAGAAUCUUCAGAUUGUUGGGCACACCUACUGAGGAACAGUGGCCAACAAUGACAAAACUUCCUGAUUAUAAGCCAUAUCCCAUGUAUCCAGCUACCACCUCCCUUGUGAAUGUGGUUCCUAAACUAAGUAGCACAGGAAGGGAUCUACUGCAGAACCUGUUGAAGUGUAAUCCCGUUCAGAGGAUUUCAGCUGAAGAGGCCUUGCAGCACCCCUACUUCGCAGAUUUCUGCCCGCCCUAAAAUGCUAAAUUGCCUGUCACCGAGCCACAGCCGCAAGAAUCAAUCAUCCUUCACUCUGUUUGGUCAUUAGGAGCGAUUCUCAACAAGGCAAAUCCCUCACUGGGAUUCUGACACUCCCAUGCAGUUCAUUCUGUUGUGCCUCUGUGUGGAACAAAGCCCCAGUGGCUCCGCUAAGCUUUAGGGUCUUUUAAGUUAAAAGCCUGUUUUAAUUUGGUUCAAACAUCACUCCAAGUUAAUUAGCACCAAUGAGGGCGAGGUUACAUUUAAUACAUUUUAUAGUCAUAGAUUUUCUUUUUUGUCUAUUUAAGUUAAAUUCUCAAAGCAACAAACUGUUUUCUAUCGAUUUUCUUUAGUGUUCCCUUGUAAUCUAUGGUCAUAUAAUUUGGUGAGUUAACGUCAGAUGCCUGCCAAAGUGCUUGUACUUAGUGCAUCAGUCACUCACACGCCUUUGUUGAGAUGUAGUUUCUAUUCCUGAUGGAUUGUGUUUCAGUAGUUCUUUUUUGCUUACACAAGUCUUAACACCUGUAGAGACCAGUGCAAGUGUUGGUAGUCCCCAUACUUGAUAUAUUUAUAUUUGCAGGUGUGGAAGUACGACUGAAAGUAAGUCAGCUUUGAACAACUUGUUUGUUUAGGAACUUUUAUGAUUGAUAUGUAUACAGUUCCAGUCAGGGGUUUCUAUACGCUUAUCAUCUGUAAUAUAUUAAUUUGAGGCUGUUAAUAAAUUAUUUAAACUGCUGUUUUCUAGGAUGGAUUGUUUAUGCGAUAUACAGCUUCAGUAAAUUUUUUCUACAAAAUCAAGGGUAGAAGUGAAAAAAUUCACGAAAUAAAGAAUUCAAGAAAUAAGAUUAAUAUCUUAUAACAGAAUAAAAAAACUUAUUGGUUCAAAUCAUAUAGUCCUGUAGUAAAUUACAGUGGUAAAUACAGGACCACUGUAUUUCCGUUUUCCUGACGAAGUUUCUUGCAUAUUUGAUCACUCAUCGUGGCAGAAUGUUACUAGUUUAAGUUGCUUGGUCUCCUGGCACACACUCAGCUUUUCAGUAUAAUUGCGUAGUUUAGGUCAGGCCUUUUUAAGUCAGCUUUAUCCAAGCCAAAUUCAGUUUGAUGUUUGCUUGAAUUGCUGUCCUGUUGGAACAGUUUUAACCAGCUUGCUGUUGGGUUGAGGUGGAAUUGAAAAAUAGAGAAAGGUCUCCAGCAUUAUUCCGCUUGACCAUGUUCUUAGAUCCCCACCCCCACCCCACCCCACCCCACGCACACACACUCCUUCCUAUUGAGGUCAAAGUUUUCUAUCUGGACUGUAACAAUGCUGUUCAAGUAAUUUCUAUUAAGUUUGAUUAUUGCCCAUGAUGAGUAUAUAUAAACUUGUGAACAAAACUGUGUAGCACUAUAUAUAAAUUAUUUCGGACUUUGUUUAUGCCUUAUUGGUGUUCUUGCGAAGCUGUUGCUGUUCCACUUUGGUAAUUUAGAGGCAGCUCAGGGAAGCAUCAGUGUGUGCUUACAUACAAGCAGCUUAUCUUGCAUCAAUCAGCAGCAUGACAGCAGCCUUGUUGAUUAGAUUUGUAUGCUUCAUGCACUGUCCCCACUUUACAUUUCCAUUCCAGUCCCUCCAACCCUCUCUACUGAUGCUAAUGUCCAUUAGGGUGCAGGCCUGGCUUAAAGGGAAGGUUAAUACAUAUGUGGUCCUGUAAAGUGGUAAAGCUUAUGAGUAAAUAUCUUACCUGCAGUGCAUACCUUUCCUGUGUCCAUUUGGUUAAAUUCAGAUUUUUUUUAUCCCUGGUUGCUGACGCUAGCAGCUAGCUCAGAGGACCCCAGAAUAAAGUGGAUCCGUAUAGUUUAAAACUUCAAUAUCAAAAGCAACACAAUUUAUGUGAGCACUAUUUAACUUUAAAACAUGUCACAUCUGCAUGAGGUGAUCUAAACAGUCAUGAUGAAUGGUUAUAUAGGACAAAUAAAGUGUCCAUCCAUUAAUCUUCUGGAGAACAGGCCCAUUUCCAGCUGUGGAAAAAAUCUUAGUAUUUUUGCUUUUAGUAUGAGUUUUAUACAGGAAGUGCUUUGCCUCUCCCGUUUCCAUCUUCUGUUAAAUCACUGACAUAUACUUUGUGUAAAUAGUUCGAAUAAGCCACUGUAAUGUUUUUGAGAUUGUAACUGCUUUAAAAGUCCGCUUUGGGUUUGGCCUCCUUUUUAGACUAGCUGUUAGCUUCAGCCCCAGUGACCAACUGGUCCAUAUUUACACUAAGUAAAGAACCUAAGAGAGUUAUCUGCCUACAAUCUUUUGACAGAUUCUGAAUUCUCCUAUUUUAAUAGGUCUGCCUGGAGGGGCUUAUCAAUAUUCAUGCACCAAUCAGCCAAAGCACUAAUGGAACCACCUGCCUUAUCAUAUAGGCAGGUGCCACAUGUGACUAAUAUCCACAUUAAAAGCCAACUUUUUUUUUGUUAAAAUCCUGUUAUCAGUGUUCAUUCGAUUUAUAUCUCCGUGGUCUUUAAGGUAUUUUGGUGCAGUUAUUUAUUGAUUUGAAUACUUUAUUUUCUCCCUGUUAAAUUUUGCUGUUGCUAAUAUGCUGACCCCCUGGGUAGCUAAUGCGGUCCACCAUAGUGUUACAAUAAUUUAUCAGGAGCUUAGAAACUCUAUAGACCUGUGCAAAUGCUUCCCCCUUUUGACAGUUUUACUUUUUUUUAAUCAGACUUCCAGGAAGUAAGGAUUUCAUUAAGUACUUAUCACAGGGAAGCAGCAACCUUCCUCCUCAGAACUGCUACAGUAAAUUGUAGAAUUUCAUUAAAUUUUUCUGAGUAUAAACUUGUUCUUUUCUCUUGAGGUUAAACUAGCUGCAGAUGUUAUUUUCCCCAGCUGUCACUGCUACCAAAUAAACAAUUUUCCAAGAAAUAACACAAAGAAGGAUGAAAAGACCGCAGGCUAUUUUUACUCUGAGGACUUCAUACUUUUACCGUUUCUUAUACUUUAAUUGUGUCAGAAGUGUUUGUUCCCAGACCAUUGUAGAUUAGUAUGAAAAGCAACUUAUUAUAAGUUUUUAUUCUCAGGCUUUUUAUUUCCAUCUUUGUAUUUAUAUUUGUGCACUGUGUCACAAUAGUUUUGAAGAUUAUUACACAUUAAGCACGGACAUUCCGAAUAAUACAGCUAUUACUAAGUAGACCAAUAUUUACAUGAUGGCCAUUUGUGAAACAUUUACUAUUUUGACACAGUUUAUCUCUGCAAUGCUUUUUUAUGGUUUUCUACUAGUUUAAAGAGAAAACAACACAUCUAAUUCUGUAAACUGUUGUUUUGCAUCGUGAGCUUUUUCUGUGUAGUAAUUGCCGUAUUAACAGUUAACUAUUUUAUUCCACUCCAGAUGAUUACAGUGAUGCUUUUGCUAUUAAAAGCCAACAGAUUGAGUGGUAUCUAAGGCAACUGUCUCACUGGGGAAAAUAUUUUUCCUUCAUUGGAUUUAUGUAAAAUAGUUAAUGGGUGCAUGUAUUUAUUAAACAUGGAAUGUCCGUUUUCUUUUACUUAAAAA